CACCAAUUGCAACUCUAACAACACCAACGACCAAAGUAACCUCAACAACUCAGCAAAAGCCAAACGCACCUCAAACCAGCCACAGCCACAAAAGCAACAAUAGCAAACGUAUUGUUGCUACACCGCACGUUCACUGCAUCAAUUCUCACAACGAUCCCGUAAUCAGCGCAGUCACAACUGCAUCACACACUUUAACAACAAGUGCUACUGGCGCCGCGCGUGGACAAUCGGCUGUUUCAAACACCGCUGCGGGCACACCUACACCGAGUCCACUAGCGAGUGGUAUAGCGUCAACGACGUCAACGGCUGCCACGCCGGCGUCGUCGUCGUCGUCGUCCGCAUCUUCAAUCUCGCCGAAAGCGAGCUGCAAUAAAGUUAUGAGCAGUCACGCCACAGCGACUCAGCAUAGCGGACAAACAACAGUGGUCGGUCAUCAUCGCGGCUUCUCGCAACCAUCCGUGACAGUGGCGGCCAAUUCAGCAGGCGAUCCAUGGUUCUUACAAUCCACCGGGCAUCAAAUGCCGCCCACAGCGCCUUUACGACACAAUAAACGUCCCGCGCCGCAACCGAAUCACGGCGGUGUGGGCGGCGGCUUAGGCGGCAUUGGCAUCGGCGGUGGUGGCGGCGGAGGCGCGAGUGGCGUCGGUAUAGCGAAUGCUGGCAGCGUAGGCGUCAGUUUGUUGCAUCAGCAGCAACUAAGCCAAUCGCAGCCGCAUAUUGUACCGCCAAAUAUACCGCCGCACCAUCACAAUAACGUGAACCAACACCACAAUCCAAUCCACUUGUCCUCGCAUGCACUUAAUAGUCAUAAUUUAAUAUCAGUUGCAACCGGCGCCAAUCAUUCACCAAAAUCACCCAAUCAGCAACAACAACAGCAGCAACAGCAUCAUCAUCAGCAGCAGCAGACAUCGCAAUUAACUGGCUCAGCGGCACAGCCACAUACACAUACACACAUCUUAUCCACCUUUGCGCCACCAUCCGCUGUCAGUGGUGGCAAUUGCGCGCCCGCCACGGGGGGUGUGACAGCCGCUGCAGUGGCUGCCGUAACGCAACAGCAACAACAACAGCAUUUGCAGCUUCUAGGCAAUGCUUCCAGCAAUAGCAACAACAAUCUUAUGUCGUCUUCAUUGAAUGCGGCACAACAUAGCGCCGCACUAUCGUUGCACGAACGCGGUCUACCGCCGAAAAGUGGCGCCAUUGUUGCUGGCCUAGGCGGCGCACUACACGGCAGCAACAUGCUGUUACACCAAGCGCAAGCGCCCUCAUCGCUCUCGAGCAGUCAACAGCAAACGCAAUCGGCGAUAUCGCUCAACACUGCUGGUGGCAGUGGCGGUGUUGGUGUUGGUGGCAGCUCAGGCAUAGGUGCGACUAGCAUGUCUACAUCAUUGCAUAGUUUCGAUUUAAAUGGUGGUGGUGUGGCGGCCAAUGCCUGGUCGAGUAAUUCCAAUGCAGCAGCCGCAUCGUGCACUCACCCACCAACGCUAUGGCUGGCGGCGUUAAUCAACACCAUACAGCCGCAACGGAAGUGCGAAGUGAAGCUGAACGCAAUGCCUUGGUUUCAUGGCAGCAUAACACGCGACGAAGCCGAACACCUGUUGCAGCCUCGCGAGGAUGGCCUAUUUUUAGUACGCGAAUCGACUAACUUCCCAGGCGACUAUACACUAUGCGUCUGCUUCCAAGGCAAAGUGGAACACUACCGUGUCAAGUACUUGGAGAACAAGCUAACCAUUGACGAUGAGGAGUACUUUGAAAACCUGGGGCAAUUGGUUGCGCAUUACGAAGCAGAUGCCGAUGGUCUGUGCACGCAAUUGAUAAAAUGCUUACCGAAAAAGGGCAGGCAAGAAUUCUGCAUCAACUCUAAGGACUUCCUGGACAAGGGCUGGGUUAUACCGGAGGCUGAUUUGCAGCUGCGUGAAAGCAUCGGAAAGGGUGAAUUCGGCGAUGUGAUGCUGGGUAUAUUGCGCAGUGAAAAAGUCGCCGUUAAGAUGCUAAAGGAUGAGGGCGCUGUGCAAAAAUUCUUGGCGGAAGCAUCCGUCAUGACCACUUUGGAGCAUGAAAACUUGGUAAAGUUUAUAGGCUUGGUCUUCACCAGCAAACACAUCUACUUAGUGACGGAGUAUAUGAGCAAAGGUUCGCUGGUCGAUUAUCUGCGUUCGCGUGGACGGCAACACAUUACGAAAAAGGAUCAAAUCAAUUUUGCCUACGACACCGCCUCCGGCAUGGAAUAUUUGGAAGCUAAAAAAGUUGUACAUCGCGAUUUGGCCGCGCGUAACGUACUAAUAUCGGAAGAAUGUGUCGCCAAAGUGUCUGAUUUCGGUUUAGCGCGCGAAGAAUGCUACAAUUUGGAUGUCGGAAAAUUGCCAAUCAAAUGGACUGCACCUGAAGCGCUCAAGAAUGGUCGUUUUUCCAACAAAUCUGAUAUGUGGAGUUUCGGAAUUUUGUUAUGGGAAAUUUAUUCAUUUGGUCGAGUUCCUUAUCCCCGCAUACCCCUCAACGACGUGGUGAAACACGUUGAAGUCGGCUAUAAAAUGGAAGCACCCGAAGGCUGUCCACCCGAAAUAUAUGAAAUGAUGCGCCAAGCGUGGGACUUGAAUCCCGCCAAGCGACCAACGUUUGCCGAACUUAAAGUUAAGUUGUUACAUCUGAAAAACACCACACCAGCGUGAGAGCGCAAAUGCGUCGUACUACGCGCAUAGAAUGUGACAUUCAGCAGGCAAACAUUAAACAUUUAAAACAAUCCAAUCCAAUCGAAGUGAGCAACUUAAAUUACCAAGUAAUAUACAUACAUUUAUAAUAAAUAUUUUUUAAGUUUAGGUGAAAUAAUGCAAAGAAAAAAAUUUAAAGAAAGUAAAGAAGUGGUAAGCAGAAUAUUGUAAAAUGUGGAAUUUACACUUUUUUUAACUAUAUGUAUUUGUUUUUAUUUAUGCUAUGUUUUUUUGUCAAUAGUCUGUUGGCAAUAUAUUUAAGUUAAAAAAUUUAAAAGCCUGGCGCCGGCAUUAAACUAUGAUUUAAAAAAAACGCAAGCAAACCAACUGCACUCAAUUGUGCAGCGUGCGUCUGCGCCUUAACUAAACGCAAGCAGCUAGCUGACAGGUUAAAUGUGAAAUAAGAAAAAAAUAUAUUAAUAAAAAAUAAUAAUACUAUGC